AUGGUGAUUAAUAGUAAUAAUGUUAGCGCUGUUGAUAUUAAUACAACAUCGGGUGUCGUACGCGGACAGACCAUUCAUAUACAAACUACACUAUUGGACGCUAAGAUUGAUCAAUGGUUAGGCAUACCAUAUGCCGAACCACCUGUCGGUGACCUAAGGUUUACAUAUCCAGUGUCCUAUAAAUACAGAAAAGAUAUUAUCGACACUACAAAACCUAAAAACUCUUGUAUGCAAAUAUCAACACCCAUUGAACACCGUAUAUAUGGAAACCUGACGUUCAGUGAGGACUGUUUGUUCAUCAAUAUAUGGAGACAGACACCACCGUCUGAACACAUUGACUCACCACUAAACCCGGUUAUGUUUUGGAUACACGGAGGCGGACUAAAUACUGGUUCAAUAUUUUCCCGAACAUACAACGGAUCGGCACUGGCAGCACAGGGAGUAGUGGUUGUGUCGGUUAACUAUCGGUUGGGAAAGUUAGGAUUUAUGUACGGCGCCAGUGAUGAGGCACCGGGUAAUGUCGGUCUAUACGAUCAACUGUUGGGUCUGAAAUGGGUCAGAGAUAAUAUACACAGGUUUGGUGGCGACAAAGAUCGGGUGACAAUUUUCGGACAGUCAGCCGGCAGUUGGUCAGUGAUGUCGCACAUACUGUCGCCACUGUCCAAAGGGUUGUUCCAGAGGGCUAUUCUCGAAAGCGGUGCACUGAUGUUCAAUAAGGACAGGGAUGUAAUCAGCAAACAGGAGGCACUGCAAGCAUCGCGUGAAAUGGCCGAUACAUUAAACUGUACCGAUGACGGACAAUGGGUACAGUGUUUGCGUCGGGUAUCGCCCGAUGAGUUGCUCAAACAUAACGGUUUUCUAACGCAACCGAUAUUUGAUAGCCAAUUCCUACCGUUUAGGACACAGUCGGCAUUAGCUAAAAACCUAUACAAUUCAGACAUUGAUCUGUUGGCCGGUGUAACCGCCGACGAAGGUCAGGGACUAUUGACUUCUCUAAUCAAUCCCAAUGAUACCGUUACGGCUGAUGUAUUCAAAAUGUAUGUCAAACUAGUGAAUUCAGUGUUUCAUAACAUAGAUGUGGAAACUGUUAGCGAGUUUUAUUUGAAAUCUAUUAACCGAACCGAUUCACGGGCACUGAAACAUCGUUUCGGCGAUUUGGCCGGCGAUCUGAUGCUCAAAUGUCCCACUUAUUUGUUUGCCAAACAACUGGCCAGACAGCGACAACCGGCAAACAAUGUCUACUUCUAUGAGCUGACCUAUGCUAGCGAUCUGUUUGAACGGCUAAACAAUUGCGAUCCAGUAGUCGAUGGCGUAUGCCAUUCGGCGGACAUACCGUUUGUCUUUGGACUACCCUAUCUGUAUCCGGAAGGCUAUGAAAAAGAGGACUAUUAUUUUACCCGUUGGUCAAUGAAAUGGUGGACCGAUUUUGUUAAAAAUGGUGUACUGGACAACGAUUGGGCUCAAAUGUUGGGUCCGGGCAAUGUGACCAAGGUAAAAAAUUGGAACCCCCUGGACCUGACCAAAAUUAUGCAACACGUGUUUGACGACACGUGCGACGGUGUUUGGCAAUCAUAUUAUUUAUAGAUUUUUUUUAUUUAACGUAUAAAAUAAAUUAUGAAAUCUAACUAAAAUAUAUUUAAUAGUA